GUGGGCCGCGAGGGCCUGAUCAUUAGGUAGUGGGCUGCGUGGGCAGCGGUCUGAGCUGUUUCUACUCCCUAAUAACGUUUAGGCCCUAGCUCCACGCUUGCGUUAUCUCUUUCUCCACAAUUCCUCCUGCCGCAAAAGCCAUCUCCGCAGCCGCCGCCUCCCCUCCCCCGCCGAAGCCCCGAGUACGGCACAAGAUCGACCAUGGCGCUGAUCGGCAGUGACGACACGGCGGCGGUGCUCGAGGAACUGCGCCGAAGGAAGGACGAGGACCACCCCGAACAUUUCCACCAUUACGAGGUCGAUGCCGCAGGCCACCUGAAGAGGCUAUUCUGGGCCGACGCCGACUCGCGCCUCAGCAGCGUCCUUGGUCCCCGUCAUCGGCAUGAACCACCACCGCCGCCCCGUGCUCCUCGGCUGCGGCGUCCUCACGGACCAGUCCCCCGACUCGUACGUCUGGCUGCAGCGAGCCUUCAUGAGGUCCACCUGCCAGGUGAGGCCCAAGUCUGUGAUCACCGACGGCAGCGACGCGGUUGCGCUCGCCGUCGAGACCGUGCUCCCGCAGUCCAACCACCGGAUCUGCUCGUGCCACCUGGAGCGAGGCAUCAGGGAGCACCUCGAUGGCUAUUCGGCCAAGGCCGGCUUCAGGUCGCUCAUGUUCGAGGACAGUUGCUCGCCUGUGGAGUUCGAGGAGCGAUGGCAUAGUUUCGUGGCCAGCCACAGGACGGCGAGCAACCUGGAGUGGCUCUUGAAGAUGUACGUGAGGAGGGAGCUCUGGGCUGCUGCCUUCGUCGGUGACAAGUUCUUCCUCGGCAUGGUGACGGACCAGAGCACGGAGUGCCUCUGCCUAUCUUCGGGCCUGCGCACGGGCUUCUCCGAGGACAUGACGCUGCUCGCCCUGCUCCGGCGCGUGGACUUCAGGUGCAAGUACAUGCGCGCGCAGGAGGCCGAGCUCGACGAGGAGGCUGACAAGUCCCGCGUUGCGCUGACCACCGAGCACAAGUGCCUCGAGGAAGACGCGGCGCGGUCCUUCACGCCGGCCAACUUCGCCAUGGUGCUGGAGGAGAUCAAGGCGCUGGACGACUUCGAGAUCGUCGACACCCUGAGCAGCAGUUCCGACGGCUCCGGCGACAAGGUCUACACGCUGGAUCUCCACGGCGAGCUCUAUAACGUGUUGCAGUCCCCCGGCGGCGACGACCAGCAGGACGUCUUCAAGUGCAGCUGCCGUAAGAUGGAGCGUGACGGCCUGCCGUGCCGGCACAUCCUCCACGUGCUGGAGCACGAGAGGGGGUCCUCCAUACCGAGGAGCUGCAAGCUGGGAUGGCUGCAGCGGCAGGGUGGCACAAGGUACCAAAGGCUCGGCGUGACGCUGGGGCGGCAGGUGUUCGACCUGGCGUCCCAGGACGCCGACGAGUUUGAGGAGAUCAGGGGGUUCUUGCAAGACUGGCUGCAGCAGCGAAACUACUCUGCACGCGACAUUGCAGACAUGAGCGGUGCUGAUUUCUAAAAUAAUGCGAUCUAGUUGAUGUGCUUUUGUCGGUCGUGAAGAGAUCAUGCAGAAAUCUAUUGUCUUGUGACUUGCACCAUCUACUUCUACUAGUAUCCAUUGGUAAGCACGUAUUUUAGUGUUCUAUUAAGUGUGUCAGACAUUACAUAUGAGAUACACGGGGAUUGCUGUCAUUCUAAUUAUCUGCAGCUACUAAAAGUGUUUGGUACUUUAGGGGCUGUUUUGAUUGUUACUAUAUUUGCCUUAUGUUGUCAUAUUAUUUUUGCCACACUUGCCUAAUUUGAGUUGCUUAAAUUGUUAGCCAUAUUUU